CCAUACAUUUAGAAAUCGUGUCGGAGCUCACAAGCUCCGCAUUUUUAUCAGCCCUACGCCGAAUGGCUGCUAGAAGAGGAACACCUAAACAUAUUUACAGCGACAACGGUACAAAUUUCGUAAAAGCUAACCGCAUCAUGUCAGAAGAAUACGAACAGCUGCAAUCUAUAUUCAACAACAGUUUCUACAGAGAAAUAACAGAUAUGAAAAUUGAGUGGCAUUUUAACGCACCAGCCUGGCCUACAGCUGGAGGUUUGUGGGAAAGAGCAGUACGUAGUGUCAAGUAUCAUUUGAAGAGAGUAAUCGGUGAUCAAAAAUUAACAUUUGAGGAGUACAGCACACUUUUAGCUCGUAUAGAAUCGUGUUUAAAUUCUCGUCCGCUUUGCGCGCUAACUGAGAGUGUGGAAGACAUAGAUUGCCUUACACCAGCGCACUUUCUUCAUGGGCGAGCUGGUACUACGGUCAUCGAAACAGCAGAAGACGCUAGAACGAGAUGGCAACUGGUAACAAAACUUUCUAAUGAUAUCUGGAAAAGAUGGAAGUCAGAAUACCUCAUUCAAUUAUCAGCAAGAGCAAAGUGGCAAAAACAACAAAAUAACAUACAAAUUGAUGAUAUAGUGAUAAUUCAUGACGAUAAUUUACCAGCAGGAAAAUGGGCUAUGGGAAGAGUGGUCGAGUUACAUCCAGGUGGCGAUGGGUUAGUUAGAGUAGUAACGCUAAAAACAAAAAAUGGGUUAAUAAAAAGACCCUGCAAUAAAAUAUCACUUUUACCGGUGGAGUUAUUGUAUUACAACGACGUCUUGCUGAAUCAGGCACGUGAGCCAGGCGCACGCAACAGGCACGCGAGACAGCGGCGCGGCCUUAUCAAUGGUGUGGGUUAUGUUGCAAACACUCUAUUCGGCGUAUUGGACGAGCGAUUCGCGGAACAAUAUAAUAGAAUGGACAUAGAAUAA